UGAACAAGUGUCAUUGGACAGAAUUCAGUCCCUGAUUACACGGUCGUAUAGUUGACUGAUCCAGAAAUCGGUAAGACAAGUUAAAACUCACAACGAAUUCAAACAGAAACUCGAUGGAAAAUACAACCAUCACACUGCAUGUGGAAUCCGUCACAGCCAAUGAUGACGUUGUUCAAGCAACUGCUAUUGUCCUGUCCAAAUCACAGGCUGUUCGAUCCACUGAGAUCACCACUUCUACCCAAGAUGCCGUCAUACAGUCUAACCUGGUCACAGCUAGCAGCGACGAUAAUGGACUGACUGCCUCCGUAACGUCAAACAAGAACGUUGUUUCUUCAACUGAUCAAACCUUCAACGAUAAUACUCCAGCUACCGUAUCGGUUAAUGUUAACAGCGGCUCAUCACAGAAACCAGACACACUCUUGUUCAUGGUUGUAAAUACCAACAACAGCAAGUGCGUUUCCGUUUUGAUUCCCUUUGCGGAGUCUAGAGACAUCCAGAUACAUGGGGAGGUAUCCUCUAUGACGGUUUAUGCCUUUGGUUUGCAGAGACAACCAAAUCAUGCAUUGGAAUGGUACACAGUUCUAGCACACAGCCAUCUUAGCAUUGCGAGCAGCACUUCGUUUCAGCAGAUAACAGAUGUACCAGGAAAUGAUGUACUGGUUGUUCAAAUGCCAGAUCUCAAUUCUACCGAUAUCCGGAAUAACCUCCCAUUUUCUGCAAAGAAAUCUAUGCCAGCCAAAGUCAUUCAAGACAAAUGGACGGACGCCAAGUACACAGUAACUGGUCUACAUAAAGCAAACGGAAUGACUUUCAUACGGCAGGUGUUAGACGGUAGUCUAUCGAUACUCGUACACAGUGUCACCAGUGUUCCCCUUCCGUUCCCACUACUACCAGCCAGAGACUACGAGUUGCAUCGCAUGGAAAUCACACAACAAUCCGGCAAUGUGUUCAAUAGUAAUUUACCAACAGAAAGGUUUUCUUUUAGAACAAAAAUGUCACAACGGGAUGUGGUUGAACUCUACAGAAAAGCUGUUUAUUAUAUUAAUGGCAACUGUCCAAGAUUUGGGCUACUGACUUAUUUGUAUCGUAAUAAGUCUCCACAGUAUUUUGAUGACAUAUCCAGAUAUAUGAAAGGAUGGAUGAACGCCUACCCCAAGAACGAUGGUGGCGACCCUGCUUCAGUUCUAAAUGGAAGGAUCAACGGCCUCUUUUUCAGCGCCGUACUACAUGAAAGGACAGGACUUCUUCCUCCAUCCUCACCGUUUGGAUCAGCCCGACUCUUCAUUCCAACCUUAUUGGUUUUCAACGACAAAAUGAAUUUGUAUUUUGCAGAUUUUUAUUGUCACUCUGCACAUGGGCGACACAAAGUCACGCUUGUUCUUACUGUGAAGGGGAGCGAAGAGGACACUUUUUGCCAAAACCGACUUGUGUACUUAGACCCAUACAAGAACCCAUUCUUCUUCAGGGAGGUCCAUCCGUCUGGUAACGGACUGGUUCGUCCAGUCGUAACAGUCCAUGUAAUUGUUGAGAUAUUUUUGACAAUGGAUCUAAAUAUAGUGGACCUUCAGAAUCUGUAUCCAUCUAAUGUAUUUUUCACAUCCACCGAGGCGACUACAUCUGGUACAAGCAUGGUAAAAGGUUUACCGAAGUGUCCUACCUGUACUGUCUGUAUUCUGCCUCGUUUCUGCUCCUGAACCAGCCGUAUCGGUGUUACCAUUGAUGAUGAUUAAUGUUGAAGAUUGAUAAAUCUGGCUUUGUUCCAAAAGCAUGUGCAGUAACAGUUCAUGAUAUAAUAGGAAGCACAAACGGUCAUUCAUCCGUGAUGAUAUUACAGAAUCGUAAAUUUUAAUAAUGCGACCAAAUGAAAUAUGAUGUUAAAAUUGCUCUUCCUACAUGUACCUUUCCUUAAUUAGUAUUCAUAUGUAUUGGCCGUAGUUUAAACUCAUAAUACUUUUAGUUUACACGUUUCUAAAAUAUGCGGAAUGCUUCGGUUUAUACAGACUUCACUACUUUACUUAUUAAUAAGAAAAUCGUUCAAAACCUAAUCGACUUUAAUGUAUUUGUAUUAGCUAAACUUCAGUAAUAGUUAUGAAUCAGCUGGCUAUCAAUGAAACCAUCAGUACAAGUGCCCAUUAUAUAGGCCUCAUUUCCACUGAAUCCACGGUCCAUACAUGUGUAUUAUAUUCAAGUAUUUUGUACAUAAACUGCCUGAUAUCUGCUAAAAGUAUUAUUGCAUAUGUUUAGGGUUUGCCAUCAAAAUACUUGAUGUAUUAGCUUGGUACCUGUAAUAAUCUAUUCACAAAAAAGACGGGUUUUUUCUAUGUAAAUAACUGUAUUACUUCAUGCGUAUGUUUGUAUGUAUGUAUGUAUGUAUUGUAUGUAUGUAUGUAUAUAUGUAUGUAUGUAUAUGUUUAUUACAGAUGCGUUUAUGCGGUCAGGUAUCCUUACAGUCAAAUACAUGCCGCAAGGUAGUAUCAUAUUCACAACCUUAUACUUACACGCAGGGUUUGUAAAUAACUUUUUAAUGCCACGUUUAAUUUUGGGCAUGAAUUGCUGUCUAUUGAACAUGAAGAACGAUAGUAUAUUAUCUCUACCUAUUAUAAAUUGUUCCUAAUAACAUUAUUGCACUCUUAAUUUUUGGUGUCUUAUUGUCAUAUGAGCUAGUUAAUAAAAUGUAUCAUUAUAAUUAAUUACAGAAAAUGUAUAAUUUAAUGAUCUGUACCUUCACACUUAAUUCGUAAUAUUAGUAAUCUGUACCAUCCGAUCAAAUGCGUAAAUUGGAAGGAUACCGGCUGAUCCGUGUCACUGACCCCUGAGUUCGUGAAAAUGCAUGGGAUGUUAUGUAGAAUGGUUGUACUCUCAACAGGUAACGUGAGGUCUAUCGCGUAAUCAGCAUACGGUAUGCGGUCAGUGAGGCGGGUCACUCGAUAUUUAUAUAACUGUUUUUUCUUACAUUUCAUUUUUGUAUCACAGUCAUUUUUUAUAUGGAUCAUAAAGGUUAAUGUAAAUAAUGUUUAUGUUAAUCAUCUAUUUUUAUAUUGUUUUUUGUUCUCAUUUGUCAAUGUGUUUACAUCGCCAAGGCAAAUUGUGUUUUUAGAAUAUAAACAGUUAUACAUGUCAAUCUUGUUUACAAAACUUAAAUAUUGUUAUAUCCCGUGUAUUUUCCUUAAAACCUAUCUGUGUCAUUCUCUGCUCUUACUCUACCAGGAUGUUUUUUCUACAUAUGCGUUUCCUUUUUGACAAUGGAUAAAACAACAAACUAUCUUGGUGCUGUAACGGCAGGGAAUGACUCACUGACUCACUACUUUAUAAAUGUUUAUGUAUCGUUAGUGUCUCUCUGAAUUUGCACUACAUUUUUAUUUUAUUAUAUAUAUUAUCCAUAUGCGGUGAUAUUCACCCGAACCCCGGUCCAACCAACUCCCACAUCCACCUAGAUUUUAUUUCUAUUUGUCAUAUCAAUAUUUGUUCGUUAAGGAACAAAACUCAUAUUCUUGAUGCUGAGUUCUCCGAAUACGAUAUACUGUGCGUCUCUGAAACUCAUCUUGAUUCUUUGGAAAACUUUGGUAAUAUUUUUAGAAAGGAUAGAGAUAAUUAUGGUGGCGGAGUUCUGAUUUAUACUAAACAUAAUAUUAAUAUUAAACGUAGACCUGACCUUGAGACAGAUGAUCUUGAAUUAAUAUGGACUGAAGUAACUACCCAUAAUAAACCUAUUCUUCUUGGCUGUAUAUAUAGACCCCCUAACUCUCUCCUUGGCUACUGGGACAGGCUAGAUAUUAACCUAAACAAUAUUAUUUAUCUGCAAAGGGAAGUGGUCCUGGUAGGGGAUAUAAAUCAAGACAUGAUUCAUCUAAAUCCAAACUCACAUCUACAUAGAAUUUUGUUGAAAUAUGGGUUAGAAAACACUGUUACUGAACCUACC